GCUCGCCUGUACAGAAUGAACGGUGGCGGAAGCGGCUGGUUUGGAGGUGGCGGAAGCAGCAGCAGCUACACCGGAGGUGGCACAUACAGCGGAAACUACAAUGAAGGGAGCUAUGGAUAUGGGAACUAUGGCAACGACAUGCCAUGGAAUGGAGGCAAGAGUGGAGGAAAAGGCGAAGGCAAGAGCAGUGGAAAGGCAAUGUGUAAAUUCUGGAUGAAGGGCGAAUGCACUCGCGGUGCAUCGUGUACCUGGUCGCAUGGCGAUGGCGAGAGCAAGGACUGGACUUCAGGCAAAGGGAGCAAGUUCUUCUCGCAGGGCAACUAUGAGGACGUUGCAUGGCAUUUGUUGGCUUGCACUGCAUGCAGCGUGACCAUGUAA